AUGGACGUUUAUGGCGGAAAUGAUGAGGAGAGCGCGGAGCUGCGAAAGCUUCUUGUCGAGGUGAACGAUGAUCCAGACAACUUCGAGAUCUGGGAGAAACUGGUCCGCACCGGCGAGUCGCUCGAGGGCGGAAUCAACAGAAAUUCGAGUUCCCAAGCAAUCACUGCAAUCAGGGACAUCUAUGAUCGUCUGCUCUGCAAAUUCCCUCUCUUCUUCGGAUACUGGAAGAAAUAUGCCGACCUCGAGUUUUCUAUCGCUGGGACCGAAGCCGCGGAGAUGGUCUACGAACGCGGCGUUGCAAGCAUAACCAAUUCCGUGGACCUGUGGACAAACUACUGUUCAUUCAAGACCGAGACCUGCCACGACGCCGACAUCAUCCGAGAACUUUUCGAACGAGGUGCUGUUUGCGUUGGUCUCGAUUUCCUCGCUCACCCAUUCUGGGACAAAUAUAUCGAAUUCGAAGAACGGCUGGAAUCGUUCGAUCGCAUAUUCGCGAUUUUGGGUAGGAUCAUCAACAUCCCGAUGCACCAAUAUGCCCGAUACUUCGAAAAGUACCGGCAAAUGGCCCAGACCAGACCGCUGGCUUCUAUUGCUCCUGCCGGGACACUCACUCAGCUCCAAUUGGAGCUUGAAAACGAAGGUGCCGGAUACAAAGCUGGCCGUAGCCAGGUCGAGGUCGAGCGAGAAUUACGGAUACGCAUCGAUGCUUACCAUCUCGAGCUCUUUCGGCAGACGCAGACCGAGACCACGAAACGAUGGACAUUUGAGUCUGAAAUCAAGCGUCCAUACUUUCACGUCACAGACCUGGAUGAUGCACAACUUGUCAACUGGCGUAAAUACCUCGACUUUGAGGAAUCCGAGGGCGACUAUACAAGAACCCAGUUCCUGUAUGAGCGCUGCCUGGUCACUUGUGCCCAGUAUGAGGAGUUCUGGUUGAGAUAUGCGCGAUGGAUGCUUGCGCAACCAGGCAAAGAAGAAGAAGUCCGGAACAUUUAUCAGCGUGCGGCUUGCAUCUUUGUUCCCAUCGCUGUUCCAACAGUCAGACUUCAAUAUGCUUAUUUUGAAGAAAUGACCGGCCGGGUUGAUAUAGCCAAGGACAUCCACGAGGCCAUUCUGAUUCCUCUCCCCGGCCAUGUGGAGACAAUCGUGUCGCUUGCAAAUGUUAUUCGCCGCCAUUCUGGACUAGAUGCAGCGGUGGCAGUUUACCAGAGCCACAUUGAUUCUCCGACCAUCGACCUUUCCGCCAAAGCAGCACUAGUGGCGGAAUGGGCCACAUUGUUAUGGAAGACCAAAGGAGCACCUGAAGAAGCUCGACAAGUGUUCCAAAAGAACCAGCAUUGGUACCUUGAGAGCCCGGCUUUCUGGUCCAGCUACUUGCGUUUCGAGAUUGACCAGCCUACGGCUGAGGAUACGGAACAAGCUCACCAUGAUCGGAUUCGAGGUGUCGUGGACGACAUUCUCACCAAAAGCCGUCUGCCGGAAUUGGCCAUUCAGGAGCUUGUCACCACCUACAUGAAAUAUCUACUUGAAAGGGGUACCAAGGGUGCCGCCAAGGAGUACAUGAAUCUCGACCGCGAAAUCAACGGCCCGACCUCCGUCCAAAAGUUGCCCAAAACUAUUGCCGAUCCGAGCAAGCCCGUGGGGCUCGUCAAUGGCCAGGUAUGA